AUGCUGCCGCCGGGGGCCUCCGUCACGGGCGGUGCGAUAGAGAUGCUCUCCCCAAGCCUCAACGUGUACCGCGCCAGCAGCAGAGGCGUGACCCUCACCAUCGCUCCCAGGACCACCGUUAUCAUGACCGAUCACGUCACGAACACCGGUGCGGUGGUGAGGUUGGAGCAAGUGGACUACAGCAAGGCAAUGCGUGCGUACCGUGUCUGCCGGCAAGAGGGGGGCGUUGUAGCUGAGAAGCCAUCGCAAGACUGGCGCGCUGGCUCCGCAACGCCGGCGACACCACUGCCGCCGCCGCUGACCUCGCCACACGGCAUCUCCUCAAGCUACGCGGCGAGUCCGACUACUUUGUCGGGGACUGCAAGCCCCAACAGCCGCGCCCGUUACGCCGCGCGCGAUGAUGACACGGCACUUGACCACGACCCGGCGCCGUGGCGCGUUGUGUUCCUGCGGUUGUUCGGCGCUACGGAUAUGAUGCUGCUCACGGUUGCCGUGGCGUGCUUCCUGGUCGUGGUGUCGCGACUAAGCAUGCUCAAGUACGGCCGAACAGAUGGGCAGAGCGCAAUGUCGUGGUCGUCCCUGUCGUGGUUGGAGUUGGCCCUGACAGCGCUCACCUCUGGACGCUCGGCGGUGAAGGAGGUUGUGGCACCGCCUGCUGAAGGCCUGGUGCAGGGUGUCACGCGGGGGUCCCCGGCGAUCUCAUCGUUGGCUGCAGCGACCCUGAUUUCGGCCCCUGGGACCAAAGAGGUGCUCUUCGCGUCCUGUACCCAGGCUACAAGCAUCCUGGGCCUGGACACGAGCGUCACGCUCGUCCUGCUGCUCUUCUCCACUUUCCUUUUGGUAAAGCGGCUCAGUGGCGCACUGAGUCGGGUGUACGUGGAGGAGGUGCUCGUCAUGCGCGGCGUUGGUCUGCAGUUCUCCGCGUACGGAAUAUUCAACACACUGCGGUACCGGCACUUCGUCGACCUUCUCAUGCUGCGCUCACUUGUCAUCCACGACGCGUUCUUCCGGUACCAGCCGAUGUUCUUCCUCUCCUCGUCCGUGGAGAACAAGGCGGAACGGAUAGUGUACUUCCCUGAUACGCUGCCGCGGCUGGCGGUCCUGCGGCCCGUUUUGAACGGCAUUCGCGGGGUGCUCUACGGAGAGCCAGAGGAGGGGCCGAGCCUGGGGGAGCUGGAGGAGCGAUGGAAGAAGUCAGCUAGUGACACUCCUGACGGUGACUUUUUUACGGAGGACAGCUUUGCUGAAGACACGGUGACGACCCCAGAUGAUGCAUGCUUCUCCGACGCCACAGAUCGCGACGAGGACUGA